AUGACGGCUAUGAGAGAAGCUGAAGAAGCUCGCAUGGCAGGCAAGCCAGGCAAAAAAGCGAUCAAGUUUGACAACAAUUUCCAGGCCAACAAGAAUAGGAAUCAGGACGAGCCGGUGGAAGCGCGCAGUUUAGAUUCGGCGCUAGAUCUACUGAGUGUAGGUGUCAAGGAGGCAGAAAAGCACCCGGAGCGUCGAGCAAAGGCGGCUUACAAGGCGUUUGAGGAGGCCAUGUUGCCACAGAUUAAGGAAGAUUACCCGGGUUUGAAGUUAUCGCAGUAUAAGCAAAAACUUAGCGAAUUGUGGCGCCGUUCACCUGAUAACCCGCUAAACCAAGAGAGCUUGGCUUACAAUGCCAAGAAGCACUCGCGUACCGACAUCCUUUUGGAAGGAUGCGCUAGACAUGGCUACCUAUUUGGUUAUUUGGAGGGUGAAGCAGGAUAUAAAAUCUAUUUUCCCACGAUGCGUGUCGUGCAGCACGUUAUGCAUGCAUUUCUCAAAGAAGAUAUCGUCUAUGGUGAUCCGUAUAGUGACGGAUACGACACGUUGCUCUCAGAAUGGUUGUCCAAACAAAGUGAUUCAUGUAGUGAUGACGACAACGAGAAAGAAUCAAUUCACAUGGAAGACGAAGAAGACGAAUCAAUAAUCAGUCAAGAAGAAUCAAUGCACAGUCAAGACGAAGUAAUGCUCAGUGGAAACGAAUUGGAAGACGAAUCGGAAGACGAAUCGAUUCCAAAGUGA